UCUGAUGCAUCUUGGAAGAUACAAGGGAAUGACCUGAUGUUAAGCCUCAUAAUGAGAUAAUCAAGAGCACAAGUCUGAAUCACGGAUCGAUUUCCCUGCCAGUGACAAUGCCGACGUUUCUCACGGAUCUUCCUGAACAGAUCGGGGGUUCUCCAGGGCCUGAUGAGCAGAAAGCGUUGAAGCAGCUGAGACGAGUGGUGAAACUCCUUGAAAAAGAAAACUCGCAGUUGAAGAAAGAUUGCGAGAGCAAAUUGGAAUAUCAGAGGAAACAAGAGCAACAUCUCCGAGAAGAAAAUGAACGUCUGCGUGUGAAAGUGAAUGACAUGAGCAGGCCCAGCAUCAAGACCCUCAUGGAUCUAGAAGAGUACCAAUCAAAACUCAACGACCAGAGCGACACGUUCACGGCCAAACUUGAACUUGACAAGAGGCAAAAUGAAGCCCUUGAACGGGAGAUUGAGUCGAUAUCAAGUAAAAUCGACGAUAUACAAGAUCGAAUACGGGCAAAGUCAAGACCAGCAAACCUGAGUAUGGAAGAGCUUGAAACAAUGGGGUACAAGACAAUCAAGGAAGGGAGCAUGACACACUGGUUAGCCCCAAACGGAGAAAAGUUCCGAAAUAAGAAUGAUGUUUGUCGGGCACUGUCCUACAAAGAAGAAAGCAAGGUGAAGAAGAAGCUUGCUAUGCUGGAGGGUCGAAUGCAAAAAACUUUGAUACGAUUCAAUGAAUCAUUGGUGGUGAAUAAGAAACUUAGGGAAGAGAUUGAGCAUCUCAGGAAAGAACGGCUUCAGUUUGACAGAAUCCAUACCAAGAUGGAAUCUCUUCUGUUUCAGAAGAAAACAGAGAUCGCGAAUACAAUUGAAGUGACCAACGUCGCUCUGGAAACCAGGGACGAGGCUCAGAAGAAGAUUAAGUACUAUCAAGCUGAGCUUCUCAAGAAUCAACAAGAAUUUGAUGCAGAAUGGCGAAAACUGGACAACGAGAUGGAGAGCGAGGAGAAACGAAGAAGGCAAGUAAAAGCUCGGAUUGAGGACGAAGCACGAAAGUUAAAGUUCCAUGAAGAUGACGCUGCACAGAAAGCUCAGCUGCAUGAAAUCACUUCCAAGUAUGAGGCUUCAAAGGCAGACUUGGAGAACUUUGAAAGAGCUUUCACGCAAUUGCAAGAGGCUACAGGUUUGAAGGAUAUUGAUGAGUUGGUGGAAACUUUCUUGGAGGCUGAGAAUCAAAAUUUCAAAUUGUUCAGAUUUGUGAACGAACUGAACAAGGAGGAGGAAAGAUUAACAGAAGAGGUUAACAAGAUCAAAAGAGAGUUCUCCGUUGAAAACGUUUCAAAGAAUGACGUCAAGAAGCUGGAGUAUCAGAAGGAGAUAGAGGAAGAACUUGCGAGGGUGCAGGCAAAAGCCGAGGACCUUCUCGAACGCGAGGAAGAUGAGUCCUCCAAAGUCCAAGAGAUCCUCAAAAUCAUUCGGAGGAUGUACGAGGAGCUGGGAUGCUCAAAGUUACUUGAUGUCCAGAACAGCUUUCAGUGCGAGGACGGGCACCCGGUGAUCACUGACAACAACAUGAUGUUCUUCCUUGGCAUCAUCGAGCAGCGAGCCUCCGAACUGAUCUACGAGCUACUUCAUGAGGGCAUCACUGUACCCGACGAGGUCGUCAAGAAAGGUAUCACGCUGUCCUCGAAGAGCCCCCUCGGGCUGGGCCCUGCUGGUCCUGUCGGAGCCUCCCUCGUCAAAGUGCAGCCGCCCAAGAUCGACACGGACGACAAGAGCGGCGAUGAGAAGUCGGACGACGAGGAGAAGGACGACGAUGCUCGUCCGCUGACACAAGAAGAGCUGAGGACGAAGAUGAAGAGGAAGAUAGCCGGCUCUCGAGAGUUCCUUACGUCUGGACUAUCUUUGGGCAAAGGAUUUGACACGUCGAGCUUUUAAAUCGACAUGAAAACAAUUUACUAGAAUUCUUUGAAGUUGUAAUAUACAUCUCGGCAGCAGAAUGCUGAGAACCAUGUUUCAUCC